UUUUUUCCCUAAUAAAAAGCUGAAAAGAUACAAGAUCCACCUCGAACACCCCUCCACAAAAAACUCUUCCAUACACCUAAAAAUUCCCACAAUUUGCAAAAAGAAAUCCCAAGUAAAACUCAUUUUCUCCCUCUUUCCAUCAACACCCAUAAAUCGAGAUUCUUCACUAAGGGUGAUAAAGACAAACAAACACACAUCUAAGAGAAAAAAAAAUCUCAUCUUUACAAUUUGUACACUUGUCUUUUUCUGACUCCAUAUCUUCAUACACACUCUUUAUAUCUGUUUUUCACCUGGUUUUAGAUUCUUUUGUCAAUCUUUAAGUUCCCAUAAAAGGAGGGGUCUUUUUGUUUUCUUGUUUUUGUUUUGUACUUUUGAUGAUGGUUAAUGUUUGAGCUAGUUUGAGUAGUUUGUUGUAGUAAUUUGUUAUGUAAGUUGAUAUGAUUCUUGUACAAGUACUGUUGAGUAAGUUGGAGUUGUUGUUGUCAUAAAGGUGAGAUCUUGGUGGGAAAAAAAUUCAAGAUUUUGGGUUUUCAAGAAGGAUGAUGAGGAUCGGGAAUCUUAGUAGCUCAGUUGGUUAGUUGGUUGGGAGUCUGGAGUUUUGUGUUGUUGGUGAGGGUUCGAUUCCUCACCUUGUAAUCCUCUUGGUUGUUACCCAUUAUCCCAAUUUUCAAGAAGGAUAAGAUGAGGAUCGGGGAAUUUCAGUAGCUCAGUUGGUUGGCUAGGCUAUCUAUCUUGGCUACGCGAAAUUUCACCUUGUUGUUGUGUGAGUGGUGAGAGUUUGAUUCCUCACCUUGUAAUCUCCUCGAUUUCAAGAAGGAUAAGGAAGAUGAGGGAAGAAGAUUCAAAUUGGUUUGCUAAAUGGGAAGAAGAAUUGCCUAAACCAGAAGAGUUAAUGCCUUUAUCACAAACCCUUAUAACUCCGGAUCUUGCCAUAGCUUUUGAUAUUCCAAACCCCACUAGUCCAAAUCCUCAAAGUAAACAGCAGCAGACUCCUCUUGUUCCAUCUUCUCAGCCAAAUUCAUCAGCUGAAUUUGAGUCUGCUGAACUGAAUGGGACAGGAGGUGGAGAUGAACCAGCAAGGACGUUAAAAAGGCCGCGUCUUGUGUGGACACCACAACUACAUAAGAGGUUUGUGGAUGCAGUUGCUCAUUUGGGGAUCAAGAAUGCUGUCCCAAAGACUAUAAUGCAACUGAUGAGUGUAGAUGGAUUAACGCGCGAAAAUGUUGCUAGUCAUUUACAGAAGUAUAGGCUUUAUUUGAAACGUAUGCAAGGUCUUUCGAACAGUGGAAGUGGUGGGAGUAAUGCUCAGUCUUUAUCAGGAGCAGGUGUUGAUCCAGCAAUGGACAAUUUGUUUGCAAGUUCACCUGUUCCGGCACAUUUUCUGCACCCGGGGAGAGGUAAUUCUGACCAUUUUAUGCCGUUUGUGCCAGUGGCACCUAUGCAGCAUCAUCAUCAUAUGGGAGUGGUUGUUGGACACCAUCCACAAGUUCAACAGCAGUAUAGGCAAUUUGGGUCACCGGCGAAUGGACAUUUUGAGCACCCUUUUUUGUCUAGGCAAUCACAGCAGCAGGUUCAGAGAAUGGGAACAUCGGUGCAUAAUGGUAGUCCUGUGGUGUCAUCUUAUGUGGAGGAUGUGGAUUCAGCCACCACCGCGAAUGGGAGGAAGGUACUUACACUGUUUCCAACAGGGGAAGAUUGAUUAUAUAUCAGAGUAAAUGUUGAUUUUUAGCAUCCUGCAAAUCCUGUUAAUUUGACUUCUAUGUAUUCUAGAAUUUAAGUCGAAUAACAUUUGAGCUUUGCUUUAGUACCUUUUUAUUGGAUUAGUGGUGUUUUAGUGUUAAUAUCUAUAUGGAGUUGUUGGUAUGAUCUUCAACUCUUAGUGGAACUGUGAAUCCCCCUUUUAUAAGAAUUUGGAUUUGAUGCUUAGUGUCAGUCCUGAAACUGUUUCAGUUAGAUGAAUUCUACGAUUGUAAUUACGUUGUGAUGAGUUUGACUUGUUUAAUUGCGCCCUUACAAGCCA